AAACGGCAUCGAAUGUAGAACGGCAAGAAGCCUAAAACAAUAUAGAUCUGUUUAGUUUCUCAGUAUAGUUCAUUAUAGCAUGUCAGAGGAAGAGCUGGACCACUUCGGGUUAUCCUUUCCUCCUGGCUUGAUAGACAUGGAGGACUGGAGCCUCCAUGGGUAUAUGGGAUUUUCUCGGCCACCUCCUGGAUUGCCAAGGCCGUGGCUAUUGCGACAGCAAAGCUCGUCGCCAGUGCCAGAGGCUGCGGCGCCCCAGGCUUUCCUGACAACUACGCCACCAUUGCCUGGAUCAACAGUUUCGAAAGCAGAUCCCCAGUAUCUGAGCUUGAAUGCUUGGGGUCCACACCGGCGAUGCGACGUGCCCUUGCAAGCGCUGGGAAUCCCUAUGGGUGAUGACGCCAGGUCUUCGCCAGAUGUCCGACCGCUGUGCCCGCAGCCGCGUCGUGCCUUUGACGUCGCAUUCUGCGAGCCUAGCCUGCCGUCGUCACCAUCCCCAGUACCCUUUGGUGGCUGCGGCACAGCAUCUUAUUCAGAGCUACCAGAGCUGCCAACACCUUUUGAGAAGAAGGACUUGUUGGCGGAUGCAAUUUAUAGCCGGCCUUUAAGCUCUGUGAGCACAUCAGCAGGGCCAACGCCAAGCCCAGAGGAAUUCAGACAGUUCCAGGUGACUGGUUUUCAGUCUCCCCAGAUACUGUUUGCGGGGGACGAGCCCAGAAUGGGUGAGGCUUCGCACUUCGCUGAAGAGGGUGAGAUGCAGUUCUCUUCUGUUGGAGACACUGGAGGCCACGGAGCUCACGGGGAUCUGCGUCGAGAUCGGCGAAGGCCAUCGCACUGUGAGGGCAGUGCUCCGUCUGCUCCGUUCAAUGGAGCCUCGUUUGAGGCCUUGCUACAGGAAGGGCAACUGACCAAGUCAGUUGUGGCGGAGAUGUCCAAGACGCAAGUGGGCAGCAAGUUGCUCCAGAAGAAGCUUCUGAAGGGUCAUCCCAGUGUGAUCCAGGAUAUUCUUGCAGGACUCGAGUCUGAGCUGCCGGAUAUUAUGUGCAACAUGUACGGAAACUAUUUAUGCUCAGCGGCCUUCCAGUCAUGCUCAGUAGCACAGCGUUUGCGAAUGCUCGAGAUAACUUCGCGGCAUUUGUUGACCAUUGGAAAGGACAAAUGGGGCACGCAUGCGCUCCAAUCCCUGCUGAGCCUGGUUUGCACCAACGAUGAGCAGAAGCUCUUGCUGCCUGCUUUGAAGGAGCACGCUGUGGAGCUGAGUUGCGAUCAGCACGGGACGCAUGUCAUGCAAAGGGCCAUUACGAGCUUUGGCACCCCUUGCCCUGACGUCCUGCUGCAUCGCCUCGCAGCUGCUUUGCGCAAGGUGGCCUACAACUCGCACGGUCUUUGUGUGCUGAAGCGCUGCAUAUCGCAAACUAGGUCCGGCCAUGGGCAGCAAUAUUUGAUCCAAGAGAUGGCAAGGCAAGCUGUGGACUUGGUGCAGAGUCCUUAUGGGAACUAUGUGGUUCAGCACUGUUUUGAAGAACUGGGCUUUGAUGCGUGCAGACCAAUUAUUCAGGCGAUGAAGGGCAAGUUGUUACAGCUCAGCCUGCAGAAAUUUUCCUCAAAUGUCGUUGAGUAUAUUUUGCGCCUUGCCCAACCAGAGGGCUUGCUUGGGGAAGUUGUCCCGGAGCUGGCAAAGAAAGAGCAGUCCCACGUUCUCAUGUCCACUGUGUAUGGCAUGCACGUGGCUCAUCAACUUCUGAAGGUUUUGAAUGACACAGACAGGGUGGCUUUGGAGGUCACCUACAGUGCAACCUUGAGAGGCAGGAAUCAGCGCCUGCGUGAGCGCUGGGAGAGUCUCCUUUCUGGGACUGGGCGGUAUGGCUACGAAGAGAGCGAUUUGCCACAUGCAGCCACGCCGCCUUCGGGGGGUCGGUUAGUUUUUGAUGGCAGCAACACGCCGCUCAAUCGGCGUCGACAGGGACGCGGAGAUCGUUCCACGCCGUCAAAGCAGCAGAGGGCAGGCAAGGGCAGCCCAGAGAAAGGAGGAAAAGGAGGUGUCCUCACACCAGGUCUCUUAGUUGACACUGAUCGAUGAUCACUGAGCCACCAGAGGCUCAGAGAUGGGACAUACUGACAGACUAUCUCGCUAUGUCCCUCAAUUUUUAGAGCCUCCCUUGCAAGUUGCAUGUCUAAAGGUGCACUCUGCUGCAGUUGACUUGGGAUGGAAGUUUUCCCCGCCGCUCUGGGCGACAGUUGAGUUAUGGCAGUUGGUGAUUCCUUCAGCGCGUCGAGGGUUGAUCGGAAUUGGGAGUAAGAUAUAUCAUCAAAAUUCAUCAAACACAACAAGGAUCCCUGCCACUGUGGCCAGCUUUUUGUUCAUUCCAUGGUCAAGCCCUCAAAUGUUAGCUUUUCCGUGGUGUAGCUGCGGAGCUUGUAACAAGGCGUGAGGUCGUAGCAAGCUCCUCAGUUUUGGUAGGUCGCAUCGAUUUUCCCAGAAGCAACACCCUAUUGGGCAUAGACAUGGC